UGACCUUACCAAAAUUUCUUAUAUCAUUUCACCCGUACACCAUCAUUUACAUCUUCCAUCAUCGUUUUCGCGAGAUCGUGAUUAAUUUGUCGAUUAUUAGUUCAAGGCACAGGCGAAAAAUUAACUACUAGCUAUGUUAUCCAGAUUAGCUCUUCGUUCGGAACUGUUCCGAGUAGCACCACUGUGUGCUAGUGCCGUACGCACCACACAAACCAAACCGGCCGUCGCUACCACCAAUGAAUCAAUCAUUGUACCAGGGUUCCCGAAACCCAAUGGCCAACCUCAACCAAAUCCAUAUGACGGACCCGAACGUGAUCUUGUGAAUUUUCCCAGAAUGGUGAGGUUAGAAGAACCUGCCAAAACUAGGUAUUUGUUCGUGCCCGAAGAGUGGUUUGAAGUAUUUUACAAAAAGACUGGAGUCACAGGUCCAUAUGUUCUUGCUGCUGGUGUUACAACUUAUUUAUUGAGUAAAGAAAUUUGGGUAGUUGAACAUGAAUUCCCUUAUGUAUUGGCUACUGUUGGUUUGUUUUACAUUGGAUGGAAAAAAUUUGGAACACCUUUAGCUAAUUUCCUUGAUAAAGAGAUUGAUGAAUAUGAAGCAUCGUGCAAUGCUAGUCGUAAAGGUGAAAUUGAUGGUUUAAAAGAAAACAUUGAAAACCAAAAAACAGAAAUAUGGAGAACUGAAGCUCAACAACAUGUAAUUCAAGCAAAGAGGGAGAACGUAGCUAUUCAGUUAGAAGCUAUUUACCGUGAACGAGCUCUUCAAGCUUACAACCAAGUAAAAAGGCGUUUGGAUUAUCAACUGGAUUUGGCUAACUUGACACGUUCUGUACAACAAAGACACAUGGUUAACUGGAUUAUUGAAAACGUCCUUAAGUCUUUAACAAAUGAACAAGAAAAGCAAAGUUUUAAAAAGUGCAUGGUCGAUUUACAAGCUUUAGCUGCAAAAGCAUAAAUGUAAUAUCAGUUAGUGCUAAUUUUUAGAACAUUGUUUAAUGGUAAAUAAACUUAUUUGCAUUCUUUAAUAUACUCUUUUAACAGUAGAUUUCAUGCUAUUUAUAUGAGAUAAGAAACAAUUAUUAUGUAUAUGGUAUUAUUACUAUUUUUACACAAUACUCAAGUUAAUAAUGAUUUAUGUUCUCUAAUUAUUACAUUCAAUACAAAACAAUGUACUGUUAUUUAAAAAAAAUAAAUUCAAUUUUACCAUUAUA